UCCGGGACCGAGCGCUGGGGCCGCCGCCGCCGGCAGCCACCGGCCAGCAGCCCCCAGCCACCGGCCAUGGGCCGCGCCGUGCCCCGGCCGCGGGCAUGACAGCGCGGCCGCGCCCCGAGCUGCGCCGCGGGCUCCGCGCGGAGCCAGAAGAUGAAGCCCAUUGUCCAGAGAAGACGAUCUACCUCAUCUGCCAUUACUAAAGCUCUUGGAAAAUCAAAGUCCCAUUCCAGGGAAACUACUCUUUCCUCUUCCCAUUCAGACAAUGGGCUGCCAAGUGGGGUGUUCAGCAGCCCAGGCUCCACCUUCAUCCUAGACGAGCGAGUGCAGCUAACCGUGGGCCUGCAGACCCAGGAGAGACAUCUGAUUUUGCUGAGUGAUGUGCUGGUCAUUACCAAGUCCAAAUCCUCCUCCAGCCUGAAGCUGAAAAAGCAAGUGCAUCUGAGUGAAGUGUGGACCGGCACCUGUCUCAGUGAAGUGACAGAGAAAAAGAUGAGUCCUGAGAAUUCAUUUGUCAUUGGCUGGCCUAUCACCAACUAUGUUGUCACCUUCAGCUCAGCUGAUGUGAAGGAACGAUGGCUGUCAGCAUUGCUGUGGCAUAUCAAUAAGGUAAAACAAAAUGAGUAUCUGAAGAAUCUGACCCUUCGGAUUGCUGUGCUGGAUGAUGACAACGGUUCUUCUACUACUGCAGUCAAGGUGUCCAAUGUGGAAACUGCAGAGAGUGUGAUGAAGAAGACCCUUCUACAGCUUGGGCUCCCUGGCAGGACCAGUGAACACCACCUCUGGGUGGUCUCAGGAAAAGAUGAGCCUGCUUAUCCUCUCAUUGGGCACGAGCAUCCCUUCAGCAUCGCCUUGAGCUGUCUCCGGGACUCUGCUGACCAGCAACAAAGAACCAACAAUAACACUCUCCUGGCUGAUGGGACAGAGGCUUCCUUCUUUGCUCAGCUCCCAAAGGAAAAACAGUGUCAGUUUGUCCUGAAACCCAGACUCCAGGCUCCAGUGCAGCUGAGGAGAGAGUCACUGCAGAAACACACCAAGAGGAAGAAGUCCUUGAUUGACUGGGCCCUGCGGCGCAGCACCAGCACCCCCACGGGCAGCCCUCCCUCACAGUCACCUGCCACACCACGGAAGCUCUUUGGCCUGUCCCUGUCCUCUGUCUGUCCUGAUGGAAUCCUUCCCAAGCCAAUCAUGGAUAUGCUGCUCCUCUUGUACCAUGAAGGUCCCUCUACAAGGGGCAUUUUCAGACGUUCUGCCAAUGCCAAAACUUGCAAGGAAUUGAAAGAGAAGUUGAACUCUGGAGAUGAUGUUAAGGUGGAUGGAGAGUCAGUCUUUGUGGCUGCAGCUGUCAUCACGGAUUUUCUCCGAAAUAUACCUGACAGUGUUCUAUCCUCAGACAUGCACGGACUGUGGAUGGAAGCUGUGGACACAGAAAAUCGAGCACAUAAGAUUGAAGUUAUCAAAAGACUUGUCAACCAGCUUCCAGAGGCCAACCUCAUCUUACUCAGACACCUCUUUGGAGUCCUGCAUCAUAUUGAGCAGAAUUCUGGAGUGAAUCAGAUGAAUGCCUUCAACCUGGCUCUUUGCAUAGCACCCAAUAUGCUGUGGCUACCAAGUCCCACUGGGCCUGAAGAGGAGAGCCGGUCUACAAAGAAGGUGGCCUUGUUAGUGCAGUUUCUGAUUGAAAACUCAGGAGAGAUUUUUGGGGGUGAUAUUGCUUCCCUGUUCCAAAGACCUGACAUAAAGAAGUCCAAAAACUCAGCAGAAUCUCUAGACAUAGGCUUGGCUCAGCAUGAUGAUUCCUCUGAUGAGCUGGAGUUUUCCACUUGUGAUCCAGAAGGGCCAAAACACCACCUGGAAUCUGAGACAGAUGCCAUUUUUGAAGUACCCAGCAGCUUGUUUCUUGAUGAGGAUCAGGAAGACUGGGACUUGUUCAGCGAGAUCACAGCCUGCUACCAAAGCAAAGCCCAGACCAACGCCAGUGCAGACAGCUACGAGCUCCUGGAGGAGGACGGCUCCUUCUGUUCCAUCGGCUCCAUCCGCUCGCUCAGCCCGGCCCGGGACCGCUGCUCCUCCGAGCCCAGUGUCUGCCUCAGCUCCCAGCUGCCCGCACAGAGCCACGAGCCCGUGGCCCGCCAGUCCAGCUGCGAUGCCACCAUCAUGAGCAGCCACACAGACUACAUCCACAGGCUCAGGCAGCUGCAGAUGGAGAGCCAGAAGCUCAUUGAUGAAGGCCUAAGCCUUGGGGUUAACAAGGCCAGGCAGAACUUGUGGCAAUCACCUCAGAACACCUCCAGGGUGAAGCAGGUCAGCCUUCAGAAGUCCAGCCUGUCCAACAGGUCCAGCUUCUCCAGCCUGUCCUCUACCACCACCUCCCCCUCUGCCUCCUCACUUAGCUCCUUAGACAGUGCUUUCUCCUACUGCUCAGAGUCAUCAGCCAUUAGUCCCACAGAUGUCUCAUCCCUGCCAUUCAUGUUUGGCACUUCUGCCAGACUUCAUUCUGUGUCUCCCACAGCUGCCAAGAGGUCCCAAAAAGAGUGGCACAAAUCCUUCACAUCUCCUUUACAUCUGUGCAAUCUGGACAGUUUUCAUGAGGGUGAACCCAAGGCUGGAGAGACCAGUCAUUGCUUUGGAGAGCAGAAAAGUUUUCCAUGUGUCAGCAGAGCUGCCAUGGGAAGCUCAUUCACUGACAUUGACUGGGAAGAAGAGGGGAGACAGCUGAGUUUUUCAGGGUGCCCUGGCCCAGGGCUCAGGAGCCAGGAUUAUACCAAAGAGUUUGAAGAAAGCCCUGAGUACCCAGCUGCCAGCCCAUCCAGCGAGACAUCCCCACAGGUCAGCCACCAGCAGCACAGGGAGAAGACAGUGAAGAACAUAGAAAUCAAAGGCAUUGAUGACUGCCCUCUGAGCCAGGAAAGCCUGAAGCGCACCAAGAUAACUUUUUAUGUGGCCCCAAAUAAAGAAAGCUCUCGGGGGUCUCAAGUGGGAGAAGAGGAGAGAUCUGUGACAAAUACCAGCAGCAGAGACUUACCCAGCAGCAACAGUGAGCAGAGCCUGUCCAAGAGCUUGCAGACUGUGAGAGUCCAGAUCCCCCAGACAGUUUUCUAUGGGCAGAACACCCCCCUUGUCCUGCAGUCCUUCUCCAGGCGCUACCACCAUGAACCAACAGUCCCAUCCCUGCAGGCCAAGCACAGAAAGAGCCCCCAAAGUGCUUCUGCUCCCCAGGAGCUGGAGAGACAACCAGUGGAAACGGCGCAGGCGCCAACCCAGAGCAAGGGCUCGGACACAUUCAGCCACACCAUCCACAUCAUCCUCCCCGACUCCGUCCGGAACACCAUCAGGGACUAUUUCAAGCAGGAUGAAAUCGAGCCCUGUCCCACAGCAGAGGUGGAAGCAGUGGAGAAGGAACUGCUCCGGAGCAGGGUGGAGUGGCUCAGGAGCCAGCCUGUGGCAGAGGUGGCCGCAGAGGAGUGUGACACAGCGGUGUUUGCAGAAGAGACUUUUGUCUAAGGUGAUAGUUGUGGAGAAACUAAAUAUUUUUUUUUUGUGUAUGUGCAACAGAAAAUAUUCUGUAAUAUAUGAUCAGGGUGUGAAGAAUUUAGCAGGCUGCCUGGGGCAACAAGUGUAAAAUGACACUAAUGUGUAUGUAAUACUCAUUUUGGUGGGAGGUGGAAGGGCUGCUCUUGUGUUUUCUUUAUGCCCUUUUCUGAUGAAAGAGACUUCACUGGCUGGGUGUGGAAUGGAGUGAAUACCACCGGACUCUCCCUGUCCUUGAAUUAGCUGAUCGGUACAGGGCCUGACUCCAUUUUUUUAAUAGCAGGAAAAGAGAAACAUUGCUUUCUUUUCUCCAGUCAGCUGCUGAUGUGGGUGGAUGACUGGACAACAGGGACAGCUAAUGCUUUUAUUAAUUAGUUAAAAAUCUUUACACUUGCACAAAACCCACCAUUAUUCACAGUUCAUCACAACCAUUCAUCAAAAGGAAAAUUCUUCACCUUCAUUCCAGAAAUCACUGCUGCUUCACUCUAAUCUGUUGUCUGCUCUGGUCUAGCUCACAGCCCUCAACCAUUAUUGGUUGAGGCUGGGUUCCAAAAUCAGCAGCUGGAGCCCAGAGUCCAAAGUCCAGCAUUCACUGACAGACAGCAUGUGUAACAUUUUAAGGCCAAGAUUGCUUUUUUCUGGAAUUAAUUACACAGUCAUUCUUUCUUCUCAUACCUUCCCCAAAGCUACAGAGACACAGUUGCCAUAAAGGAUUUUAGUACUGUCACUUUGACAGGGCUGUGAAUGUUCUUCUGUGUCCUCUGGGAGUAGCUCAGUAGCUAGGAGUUUCAGUCCUAGUGAAAGUUGGCAAUCGUCGUUCAAUGCUGAUGCCCCUUUCUAGAGGCAGUGUGGAUGAGCCAAGUGACUAAAUUCCUAGUCAUGCUGAGAGGGACUUGAGCAGGGCUUGGUUUUAGCACGAGGUCAAGGAGUUGUGGAAGUUGUCAGGAAUGUUGUUGAGUAGAUUCUGAAGCAAAGUCUCAUCUUGCCAGAAAGUUGUCAGUCCUUACACUGAAACUGUCCAGGCUUCAUCACCGACGCUGGCUCAGAGAAACACUGAGUUCCCCCUCAGCAGAGUAUGUGGCCCUGUGCACUCCAGCAGAAUUAAGUUUGGGGAAUUCCAGGCAGGUAUGUGCUAAGCAGGCUGCUGGUAAGGACCACCAAAGAUGCAGCCAGUGGAGUCCUGAAGCAUCCCUCAAAGCCAUGCUAAGAAGUGCCACAGACAUAAUGGGACUUGUUUGAGGGUUGUGACACUGCCAGCUGAGCUCUAAAAAGAUGCUGAGAGCACCACAUUAGUUUGACAGGUUGUUUUAAGGAGACAAUGGGAAAGGUCUCAAGGGUUGAAAGGUUUGGGAUGGUUCAUUUGAAAGUUACAUGAGAGUUUUCUAUGGUGGUAUCUGUCAGAGACAAUCCUUUUACUCAGUGAACAGUGAAUGGGUGAAGAAAAAGAGAAAUACAUUAAUCCUAAUGACUGAAAGGUUGUGCUUGUGGAAUAAGUAUCCCUGCAAGCUGCUGAGUGUCUGCAAAUAGCCAGAGUUGGAGCUGCAUGACAGCUGCCAUGGUUCAGUCCUCACAUAGAGGGGAAAGCCACCUCUGUAAAAUUAUCUAGUGUCAGAUCCCUCCACUCAACUGCCAGGUGCCUGUGAAGGUCAGUGACAGAAAUCUGGCCCAGCACUCCAAAUUCACAUCAUCAAAUACUAGGGCAAGGGAACCAGGGGGAAGCCCAGAGCCCACUUUCCAAGGUGUAUACAGUUUGUUUUGUUAGAUGAAGGGUGUUUACCUCUCAGGUGUGGCACUCUGUCCCAGAUCACCUUUGUGGCCCUUGUAUAAUGAAAGGUGUAUAUAAUCAUAACACAACUCCACCACCAACAUAAUUUUCCUCACACGAGAACAGCAAUAAAGCAUCCACAGUCUUUUUUUCCAGAGCUAAAGUUGUAACUGUUUUAAUAAAAGACACAAAAGUUA